AUGACACCUCUUCAAAGGUACCGAGGCCCUUGCCGCAAGCUCGUCGUGGCAAUGGAUAUCGGGACGACAUAUUCCGGUGUCGCGUACGCUUUCCUUGACCCUGGGGAGACACCGAAGAUUCAAGGAAUCACCCGGUUUCCCGGCCAGGAGAACGCGGCGGGAGACUCGAAGAUCCCGUCUAUCCUAUACUACCGUCGAGACGGAUCUGUACAUUCCGUAGGUGCCGAGGCCGCCCAUCCAGGCAUAGAACUAGAAGCGGAAGACGAAAACCUGGUAUUCGUGGAAUGGUUCAAGCUGCACCUGCGGCCCGAAACACUCGAUUCAAAGGAGAUCAAGCGCCGCGACCUACCCCCUCUGCCUGAAGGCAAGAGCCUGCUGGACGUCUUCGCCGACUUCACUCGGUACCUCUUCCAAUGCACGCGGCGCUACAUAGAGGAGACGCACGCGAAUGGCGCAAGCAUGUGGAGCUCCGUCGAGGACCGAAUCGACUUCGUCCUGUCCCAUCCCAACGGAUGGGAGGGUCUGCAGCAGGGCAAGAUGCGCCAAGCCGCCAUCAUGGCCGGCCUCAUCCCAGACACACCAGACGGUCACGCCCGCGUGCAAUUCGUCACGGAAGGCGAGGCGAGCCUCCACUUUUGCAUCCGGAGCGGAUUGACAUCGGACAGUCUUUCGGAGGGAAAGACCGUGAUGAUCGUCGACGCUGGAGGAGGAACGGUAGAUAUCAGCAGCUACGCGUUCAUCUCGACCAGUCCCCUGAACGUCGAGGAAAUCGCCUCUGCGGAUUGCCUCAUGCAAGGGUCCACGCGUGUCAAUGCCAGGGCAAAGACGUUCUUACAAGAGAAGUUGAAGGACUCGAAAUACGGCAACGAGGAGGAUAUCAGAGCGAUGCUGGACUACUUUGAUAAAUCCACCAAGCCAAUCUUCAGGGAUGCCACCGAGCAGUCGUACAUCAAGUUCGGGUCAAUGAGCUGCAACGACCCGAACGUAAAGAUUCGGCGAGGACAGCUGCUAUUGUCGGGCCCGGAGAUGGAGACGUUCUACAAGCCCUCUCUUGACGCCAUCGUGGAGGGCGUCCGGAAACAGCGUCAGACGGCUGAGCGGCCAAUCUCGACGAUCUUCCUUGUGGGUGGCUUCGCCGCAAGUCCUUGGCUCUAUAAGAACCUACAGCAAGCAGUAGGACCACUCGGGCUCACGGUGUGCCGUCCGGACACCCAUACCAACAAGGCCGUCGCUGAAGGAGGUGUCUCUUUUUACCUGGAACGUUUCGUUUCUGCUCGCAUCGUCAAGAUGACGUACGGGACCCGCGGCACACGCAUUCUUGACAACAAGGAGAUUGCGACGACCUUUCUGGCCCAAUCGUCCGAGGCUAGCGAGCUCCAGGCUACAUCCGAGAUCAUAUGCUACCGCGGGAAAGCAGAACGACCUACAUGGAUCGACCUCGAACCUGAGUGCUUCACUAGCCUAUGCACUGUCUUCGCAGACACGUCUGCAGUCGAAAGGACCCCGAAAAGAGGUUUCCUCGGUAACACAUACUACACUCAGUCUUUCGACAUCGUCCUGAUGUGUGGCCUCACGGAGCUGCAAGCCCAAAUACGGUGGAAGGAGAACGGGCAAGAAAAGCGAGGGCCGGCUAAGAUCGUUUACGACGAUGAUAUCGAGUUGGCGCACUGA